GGUCGCAGGAGUAAGUUUUCUCAGUCGGUUGUCAAGUGUUGAAAUCGAAGGAGGUGGCGAGCUCUGUGUUCUCCUCCUGUUUUAUGUUUCCCAAUUGCAAAAUAAUCUCCUUCCCACUUCAAAAUCUUGACGACUGGCCGCCACCUCCUAUACAAAACAGCUGAGCUCAUCUUUAUUUAGAUAUUUAAGAGAAAAUAGUUUCAUAUUUUCCCGCUUAAAAAUGUCUACAUCGCCCAAGAUUAAAAUGCCAUUCGCUGACAUUAAAAACUACAAAUUGUUCCUAUUUUGGACGACACUUCUCUUGGCAUUCACAGACGUCUGAUUACCAGGCACAUUAUUCAACAGUUAGGUCAACAGAGGGACAAGCCUACAUCAUUCAGCCAAGUCCAGAAAUCAAACGUUGACCCCCUUUUUGUAGAUGAGUAUUCUUUGACUCCGACAUCAUGGCCCAGUCUAGCUUCAAGCAUUAUCUGCGUUCCCUGCGCUGGACUCCUCUUCCUGUGGGUGUAGGCCUGGCCCUUAUUGCCUUUCAGCAAUACAGGCACACCCGUAAACGGGAGGCAGCGAAACUUGGUCAGAUAGAGCCUUGUGACUGUUUGGCUGAUGAGUGGGAAGUUCAGGCAUACAAGCUGUUACCUCUGAGGUACUUUAGCAGAGCCUGGGGAUGGGUUAAUGGUUUGGAAUUACCAGAGUGGUCAAGAAAGUCUGUUCUUGGCCUCUAUGUAAGAGCAUUUGGCUGCAAUAUGGCUGAAGCUGAAGUAGAAGAUCUAGGGAAAUACAGAUGUCUCUCAGAAUUAUUUCGACGAUCACUCAAGGAAGGUGUGCGUCCAGUUGAUAAUUCUGCUGCAGUCGUGAGUCCAGCUGAUGGAAGAUUGCUGUCAUUUGGCACAGUUGACUGUGGAACUUUGGAUCAAAUCAAAGGUGUUUCAUAUUCUUUGCGAAAGUUCUUGGGGCCCAACUGCUGGAGCAAGGGAGGACCCAUGGUUAUAGAGAAAGACGAUGACGAGUGCUUCCAUCGUAGCUGCCUAUCAAACAGUGAGAAUAGUCUCUACCAGUGUGUGAUUUAUCUGGCUCCAGGAGAUUAUCAUCGUUUCCACUCAUCUGCUGAUUGGCAUGUAAAAUUUCGCCGCCAUUUUCCCGGAGAAUUAUUAAGUGUCAAUCCAUCAGUUGCGGGAUGGAUUAGGGAUUUAUUUGUCUUGAAUGAACGAGUUACUUAUGUUGGGGAUUGGUGCCAUGGCUUCUAUUCAAUGACUGCUGUUGGGGCCACCAAUGUAGGGUCAAUAAAAGUGUAUUUUGAUAAAUUAUUAAAAACUAAUGAAAAGAAAUGGAACAACAACAAAUUCUUUGAUGAACACUUCACGUCUAAACUCGUUCAAUUAAACCGAGGGCAAGCUUUAGGAGAGUUCAAUUUAGGAUCUACACUUGUGCUUAUUUUUGAAGCUCCAAAAAAUACCAAGGUAUGUGUCGAACCUGGACAGAAAGUUAGAGUUGGCCAAGCAUUAUUCAGAGUGCCAGAAUCUUAUGUAGGGAAAGCCAGUUCUGAAUUUGUCCAUGCAGGUCCUCAGCGGUAGUUUUCAUUUAGCUAAAUAAUUUUUAUAGUAAAGAAUUUGCAUUGAAGAAUGCACUGAGGGACAUAAACUUUGUUUUCUGGUAGAUGAUUUUUUUUUUUUUUUUUUUAGUUUUAGAAACUUUUAUGUAUAUAGAUAUGAUUUUAAAUUUUGUAUUUUAUUUUAAAAUACGCAACAUGGGAACAGAUUUGACACCCUAGAAGAUAACCAACAUUGCACAAUGGUAAUUGUAGUCUUGGAUUUAGAUAUUUGGCAUGAGUGGACAUGAAUUGCAUGAAAGCUUCAUAGAAAUGUUGAGUUGAGGCAGCUGUGUUAAAUCCAGCUUUAUAUCAAGCAAAUAGCUGUAGUAUGUUGUUGAAAGUUGAGUGGAGAAUUUGAAAACAUGUAAACAUGUGAACCUUGACAAGUUAAUGUUAUUGGCAGAAGGUUAGGCUAAAUGUGUGAAAAAUUUUAAACUUUAGGGGUAUUUAAUCUAAAGGAUGUUGGACAACCAUCGAAGUGUUUUAUGGACGUUGGUAGAAUAGCUGUUAUUAUGCAAGUGUUACUAUUUGUUUAGAUUGAAAUUGUAUUCCUUGUAAUUUGCUGUUGCUCAAUAUUUUAUUUCUAAGAUAGAAGUUAAAAAUUUUUAUUUUCUUGUCUCCAGGCUGUGAUGCUAAUGAUGAUACUUAAACUUUAAAGGCCAUGUUUGUUUUAAAGGCAAAAGUCUAUUUUAAUUAUAAUCAUAGAAAUGGUCAAGAAUUUAAGAUUCUUAUUAAAGACAAGGGGGAAUUAGUACAAGUGCAAGUAAUGUAUUUAGGAGCAUAGCAUGGCCAGUGACAGUGUGCAUCAGUCUGGUACAGUAUGUUGGAAAUUAUUUACUUUGAUUUUAGCAAGAUUUUAUAGUCAAGAGUUUCCCUGAUCAAAGUCAAGUUCUUUAGCUAGCAUGACUUUUUGCUAGAUAUUUUGAACCAAACAUUUGUUUUUCCCAGAGUUCCUGCAGCCUUUUAGGUAAAAAAUGAAAAUCCUGAAUACUCAGACAGUGGACAAUCAAAUAUUUCUGUCUUCAGAAUGUGAUCAUGAUAUUUUAGGGGUGACUAUGAAGUAUCAAGAUUACAAUGGGAUAAAUGUGAUUGUGCAAAAAAAUGUCUUUAAUCCUUGACGACAAAGAUGUUACUUUUGAUAUGCUGAUUCAGGUUGAAAUUAGAAUGUUCCAGCUUUAUUUGAGGGGACAUAAUUAAGUCAUAUACGUAACAUUUCUGCUGAAUGCUUUGCAGUGUUAUUUAGUCAAGACAAAUUUUUUUUGUUUUGUUUUGUUUAGCAAAUCCACUGCAUUUUGUUUUACCAUAGAUCAAGUGUCUUGCAUUUAUGUAUUAUAAUGGAAUUAGAAACAAUUUAUGUACAUUUUAAAGCCUGUUUUGUAACUUUUGCAAGUGCUGUACAAUUAUUAAGCAUAGUUUUUUUAAGUAAAAAUUUAAAAAUUGAACAUUAGUGCAAUACUUUUAGUUAUGGCAUAUCUGGAAUAGAAUCUAUUCAAUGUAUUUUGCUACUUUCACAUCUGGAGGAUCUGGAGAGUUGAGGUACUAUUGCAUAAUUAUUACUGUUAUUAUAUUAUUAUUAUUGGGUUAAGUGAGAGCAUUGAGUCAUACAUAGAUACAUUUGUUUAGGCAAAAGGAUUUGAUCUUGAUGAAGGGUGAAAAUAAACCAAGGUAAAAUUCAGGACACUAGACAUGAGGUGGAAAGAGACGUAAGGCAACAAAAACAAAUAAACGGGACAAAACAAUGCAGCUGACGGCCAAAAAGACUGAGGAAAGAAUUUUUAGUGCCCUCUACAAUGUACAAUGUUUCCUACAAGUCAUAUGUGAUAGGGCUUGUGAGUUUAAACUAAAGUAGCCAGAGGAUGCCUGUAUUGCAUUUGGCAAUAGUUUUUUGUGGCUUAAAAUUUUAGACACUCAAAUAGUGCUGAAUCCCCACUUACGUGAUUGUUAAAUAAGUGAAAUUGUAAUUAUGUUGCAUUAGCAUUGCAUACCUUUGUCAGGAGAUUGUUCGUUUUCCUCCCUUUGUGACCUGUUGUAGUUUCAAGAAGGAUCUAGUGCUUUAGUUAAGAGGCAUAAUAUCAUUUUACUUGAUUGAGUUUUUCUCUUGUUAAGGUUCGCGCCAUUGAUCCUGGUUCAAAUUGAGAUUUCUGUCUUGGUAUACUUCUCUUCCCAAUCCCUUCUCCAGAAAUUCUUCUAUAUAUCUUUUCAUUGCUCUGCAAUCAGAUAUCAUUUUCUGUUCUCUUCUUACUUUUCCCAAGUCUUUUUCUUUAUACAUUUAUCCCUUCCAUACAUAUACACUUGGGGUGAAAUUUUCUUGUUGUUUACUACAGUGAAGAAAAGUAAGUGUAUUGACAAACUUGCACAUGAUUUUCUGAAGCCUUGUGAUUAUGAAUGAUGAAAGGUUGGAUCAUUUGGUUGUUCGUUAGGUAUUUGGAAGGUACGUGCAUUUUACCAGAAGUGCUGGAAUUGCUCAGCUAAUGACGCUACUAUAUAUUCUAGAUUUGUUUAUUGUUUGCUAUGACAUAAAAGUUUAUUUGUACAAAUGUAUGUUAAAAUGGUUAGUCUUAAAACUGCUGUGUUGGUGCUACUAUAGAUUUUUUCAUAUUGGUUAGUUUAUUGGUGCCAUAAAUAGGUAGAGUAGUUGUGCUUAAGUUACUGUUGAUGUUGCUGUUAUAGAAAAACAGGUUCCUUUUAUGCAUUUCAGUUUCCCAUAUUUUCAAAUUUGAUUAAAUCUAUUUCAGUAGACCAUGUCCUGAUGUGUGCCUCAUAAUUUAAAGUUGAUGAAAAUCUCACCAAACUUUAUUGUUCCCUAUGUUGAAGAUUUCAUUCCAUUAAACUUUUUUCUUGUGGAAAUGUUAUAUGUUACUUUUUAUAAUAUUAAUUUCUCCAUUUGGAUGGUCAUAUGUAGUUGGAACCGAUGUUAUUUAUUGUUCCCUUGGAUAAUUUACCCUUUCCAAGCUUGCCAUAAGAAGUGGAAAACUUGUUUCAGUUCUACCAAAAUGUGAAUGUACUGCCCUGUGAUUAUAGAUGAUUGUGUAUAAGAAGUUAAGUGAGUCAUUACUUUAGUUUUUGACUUUAAUCUAGGUUGCAUUCUUUAAAUUGGAAUGAUUGAGAAUUUACGGUUAAAUUAUCUACUUGAAUUAAUUGUCUAGUAUCUGGGACUUUCAUCAAGUUGGAUGAUUACAGAUGUUUUGUCGAAAAAGAUGUAGGUUAUCAAUAUUUCAAAGGCUGACAUGGAAAAUAUGUAGACCAUUGUGAAGAUCAGAAUAUUGGUUCAUACAAUAUUAUUUUGUUAAUGUGUAAAUUGUGCAUACAAUACUUUGUUGUAAGGGGGAUGAUAAUGACAUAGCAAAUAGUAGGUCACUGAAUUUGAAUUUAAUAACUUCUGUCCCAUCUACAUAUGGCCAUCGCAGAAGAGGAUAAGAUCACAAAUGGAAGAAAGAAUUGCCAAGGUAAUUUUCAGAAUAUAUCUGCUGCAGGAGUUCCUUUAUGUAUGCAGUACAGUAUUGCACAAACCUGUUCUUGAGUUUGAAUCUUGAAGAGCAAAUCAUGUGCCAUCAAUUUACUGUAAAGCCAUUACUAAAGUGGAUUAAGUUUUGUCUUGUCUAAUUUCAGUAUGUGACUGUGAUUAUAAUAAAAUAGGUUGUUUUCAAGUGAUAGGUGAAAUUGGUAAAUGGCAAAAUUAAAGAUUUUAUAAAAAUGUGAAAAAUGACUAAAGGGAACUGAUAAAGAUGGAGUGGAAGAAAGUGAUGGAUGUUGAGGUUGUAGAGUCAUAGCAAUAAACCUUUGUUCAUGUCUGCAAUAUGCUGCACAAGGGACACUGUAGGCCCUGUACCCACAAGAAGGUCAUAUAAUGAUAAAAACAUUUCAUUGGAUAAGGGUAGAGAAAAAUUAUUCUCAUUAGUCUCUAUUGAAAUUGUUGGGGAACAAAUUGACAUUGUGAGAUAAAGAUAUUUCUGAAUUCUGUCCAGGUAGACACAUCUUGCAUUUAAGAAACAUGUAUGUUGAUCAAAAGAUCUGUUCUAUGUGCAUUGAUACUGUAUUUGAGUUGUAUACCAUCUUCAGACUGGCUAAAUGAGAACAUUGUAUCUCAGCCUCCAAGUUUUAGUAAUAUAGACGUAACUUUGCAAGUGUUUAUUAUUUUUAUUUAUAUGGAACUAGAAAUUCACAAAUCUCUAGAGCCUGUUUAAUUUUCAAUUGCAGAGAUCUCAGUUACAUGGCCACUGAAUGACUAUCAGGGAAGGGAUUAGGUAUCAUAAUAAAUUAGGUAGUACUGUGAUUGGCACACAAGUGUUCCGAGAAAUUUUUGUUUGUGUUUUUACUUUACAGUAUGUUGCAUUUUAUUGUGAGGGUUGAUUUGUGGUCACUGCCAACAUUUUGUGUUACCACAUCUUGAGUUCAUUACAGGCCUAGUCUUAUAUUAGUAUUUUAGGUUCUAAAAUUACGGAAUGGCCAACAAGCAAAGUUUUUCUAUUUUAGUGCCAUUUUGAGGAAAUUCUUGGAUUGCUCAUGUUAAUUUUACUCAAGAGGCAAAACAACACUGCUCAGUAUGUACUAUCAAGGAAAGGGUUAAAGCAUUUCAAAUCUAGUCGAGAUCUAAAUGAUUUCAAAUGAUUUUUAAUCUCUUGUGUUGAAUGUGACUCAUGGUGAGAUUUGACGGUUUGUAAUGGUAAAGGGUUUAUGGCUCCUCAUGAGAGAGGCAGUUUAUUAAAUAAGAUACCCAUUCUUGACAGAGAUAGGUGAUCCAAGAUUGUUAUGAUUUAAGACAACAGCAUUAGAAACUACUGAUAUUUAUUGAAAUUUGUUACCUUUGUUCAAUGUAAUCCUCAAAGAGCUUUGCUGAGUGUACUAGUCCACAAAGAGCUUCCCUUUUUUCUUUUACUUUUCAAUGAGAUUGCCUUUUUUUCUCUUACUUUUCAAUGAGAUUGAUAAGUUUGGCAUCAUGGUGGAGUAGCCAGAGUUUGAUAUCGAUUUACUUAUUAAUAAUCUGAUAUUGAUGGGGAGUAAACACAUUCUAAUUUGGUUUUCAGUCCAAAGGUUAGAAAAUGAGUUAAAGAUUACUAUGUACGUGAAAUGCUGGUUCUAUAUCUGUAGACAGUCAGAAUUGUAAUUUUACUCUGAAAGUGUUGUGUAAUGUUCCAAAGAAACAGCUACUGAAGUUUCCAUUUAAUAUGUUGAUGAUGGCAAGUAUUGUGUUGAGUUGUUUUCCCAAUAUUAAUGAAUAUUCAGUUUUGAAGCUAUUUUCCUUUGGGGAUUUUAUUUGAGUACUCUGAUGGCCCUGCAGGUGAAGCAGGAAGUUGUUAGAGUGCUGAAUUAUUGUGAUAUAUAUCCUGAUAUUGUAUAUAUUUGUACAGAAUUUGUAUUAAAUAUUUAUACUAUUGAA